AUGGCAUUCUUUGGACUUCGUGCUUACCCUACUCCUAUCUUAAAGCCUAUGUAUCCUUUCUUUUUAGGAGGUGGUAUCAUCUUCUACGGAACCUACAAGCUCCGUAAUGCUCUUCUCGGAGCGGAAGAAAAGAAGAACGACAAACCUGCAUCUGGUCAUUGAUGAAUGUAUCCUUUUCUAUCAAUGCUCGUUGUCGCUUGCAAUGAAGAGAAUUCUUUAUUGAUUGAUAAUAAUAACCAGAAGAUGAAAUAACAAUCAAUGUAUUUCUUUCUCCUUAUCGCA